CGUUAUCCCCAUGUAGUUCCUGCUUGUGCGCUGUGAAUAUUUUUCAGUAAGCUGCUUAGAUAUAAAUUCGAUAUCGAAAGACUUUUAUAGUUUCAGUGUGAAAUCGAAUGUCAGAAAUUCAUGCAGGCUUAACUCGCCUGCGGGAUGGCUGGGAGCGACAGCGAGUGGCGACAAGUGCGGCGUCGCAGAAAGAAAGCAUGUGACAUUAGCACAUGUCAGCUGAGCCCUAAAGAUUUCAUGGGCUCGGUGGACAUGAGCAAGAUACAGGAACGAGUGAGAGAGGCAAAGAUGGAACUGACUUGCGAAGACAUCUGGCAGGAUUGGAGAGAGAUGCUGACGGGCUGUCUGCGUCUCCAGAGCCAGGAUAUCACAGAGAGCGGCCCUGACCCACAUGGUCUGGAGCUUGACUGUGUUUGCUAUGGGUUGGGCAGCUUCUUGUCUGGCGUCGCUUCCCGGUACCAGCUGGCCAUGCUGCUGUUGCUUCUGGAAGCGCUAAAGAUUCCCCAUGGACGCUGCAGUAUGUUCGACCCUGUCUUUUCCCCAGCUGAAUGUAAUAUGCUCCGGAAGAUGGGCUUUACUGUCCUGUCUGAGAAUGAGGAGGGUAAGAGGCCAGUAAGCCACCCCACACUCUUCUACCUUCUCCACUGUGGGACAGCUCUGUACAACAACCUUCUUUGGAGCAACUGGAGUCAGCAGAAGCUGCCACUGCUCACCAUCAUGGGCAACAGCUUCCAGGGUCUCCAGGACAGGAUGGUGCAGCAGGACCUUGAGAGGGAAUACAGUUUUAUUGCUAAUGUGAGUACAGUAUGCCAGGAGACAUCCCUUCCGUGCUCAACGCGCUUCUCUGAUGUGUUCAAUGACACGGUCGUGUUGCAGUUCCCCCGACAUCGACUGAGCACUCUUCCGCUGCAUGUGUGGACCCAUGCCCCUGAACCCAAGUACCUCAACUGCAAGGAUCUGGAGAUUAUACUGAGGGAGGUAUCAAGCUGAGGCUCUGGAUAGGAACUGCGCUUGGUUCUGCUCCCACUGCUACCAGCUGGCCUCCAGGUGACUGGGCACCAGGUGUCUCCAGUCCUGCUUAAGGAAUGACUUGUAGGUGGAGUCAGACACCAACAUGGUCUAAUGGUUUGUUGUUGUUUUUUUAGCCUUUUCACUGGAAGAUGCCAAUUGAGUUUGAAUUUGCAUGUACACAUCAUUGUUACACAAAUUAUGUUGUUUACUUAAUUUAAACGUUAUUCAGGAAUCUACUAUUAAAUUUCCAGUAAUUUUAUUGUAUAUUUUUCAAAAUACAAUGAUUACUCUGAACUCCCAGUUUUUUAAACCGUACUUGCAAGCCUAACUUUACUCAUUGGAAUUUAAGAUUCCCAUGUCUUUUAGGUCUUUAUUGAGCUAGACAACAUGAUCCAUGAGCUGCC